AUGGAUAACGAGACAAUCGCGAAUAUAAACAACUCGCUCGAGGCAAUGGACUCGGAAAUUGCGAAAAUUCGCGAAACCAUCAAAAACUUCCAGAGUAAACGUCGCCUGCUGUCCGCUAGCUUACUCUCAUCAGACUAUAUUCGUCGCCAAAUCGAAGAUAACAACAACAGACUUGGAAGUGGCGCGGCAUCAAAAGUCGCGCAGAAAGAAGUCACAACCUUGAUGAACGAUGCUCACAAACACCGCGAUACGAAUUACCAUCGCUUGGCCUUUUCGACAACACUGUUCCCCUGGAAAGAUCCGAAUCCGUAUAAUGAAUCGCCGAACCUAUUAGGCCUAAGGAUUGACGUCUGCGAGCGCAAUGGCACAUUCGCGAAACCUUACUAUGUUCUCUUCCAAAAGGAGACGGAAAAGUCUACGUCAGCACCAGGGCAACGGUCUUCGUUGUCAUUUUCUAUAUACCGACACACAAUCCCACCGUUUAUACCUAUGGAGAAGCUAGCGCAUCGAUAUCUGCCCCAGGCCAGACCGUCCAGGAGGCAAGGCGCGGUUGACGAUGAAAUAGAGACGGCAAAGAUCAAGGCAAAGAUGAGGAAACAAGACCUGAACGCAUUCGUGCGACAUUUGCGCAAAGAGUUAGCAGCAUGGUAUGCGCGACGCGAUUCCAUUGCAUGGCUUCAAGAACGAUUGGGCGUUGCAGACGUGACCGAGAAGGACGCAGUGAGGAACCAGCGGACAAACCCGGCGCAACUUGUGUCACUGGCUGCCACGUCUAUUGAAUCGCGAUACGUGAAAUUGGAGUGGACGGAUGGUAGAGUUGGUCGAUUUAAAGUCUCAAAUUCGGGGCUUGUGGAGCGCGCGGUCGUCAUUGGCGAGAAAGGAAGAGACAAACGGACGGAGUUGAUUUUGAUGGGAGGUGAUAGGCGAGUUGAGUCGCUGGUUGAUCGAUUGUCCGUCACUUGA